UUUCUCUCAUCAUUUAAUUGACCUUUGAGUUGUACAGAAAUAGUGUAACUGAUUAUUUAAUAAAUAAGUGAAAGACAAUAUCUUUAGGUGUCAUUUGAAUAAUCUUUUAUAGUUUCAUUAAAAAUAAAAUUUCUGUUCAAACCUACAUGUAACGUCAUUUAGUUCUUUCCCAAAAUCAACAAGUUAAUAUUCGCAAUCUCGUCUUACUGGUUUUCUAUUCACUGACCAAUUCCUUUGAUCGCGACGAGAACAAUGUCUUCCGCCAAUUCAGAUAAAUUUGGACCACCGAAAAGAUUUCAAGAUACCUCAGAAAGUGUUUGGGUUGAAUAUGUCGCGCUUGCAUUGAAACAUAAGCCGAAAGUGAAUUUAGGACAAGGUUUUCCUGAUUAUGCUCCACCACAUUAUGUCACUGAAGCAUUGUCAGAAGUUUCUCAUGGAAAUCAUCUCCUUAAUCAAUACACUCGUGGAUUUGGACAUCCAAGAUUAGUCCAAGCAAUCGCUAAAUUAUAUUCCCAUCUGAUUGGUCGUGAAAUUAAUCCAAACACUGAAGUUCUUGUGACCGUUGGUGCUUAUCAGAGUUUAUAUUCUGCAAUUACUGGACAUGUUGAUGAUGGCGAUGAAGUUAUCAUCAUUGAGCCAUUCUAUGAUUGUUAUUACGAUCAAAUAAAAUCUGCUGGCGGGGUUGUUCGAUCAAUAGCCCUUAAACCUACCAAAAGUGGCGUUUUAUCAGCAGCUGAUUGGAAACUUGAUCCUGUUGAGUUUGAAAAGCUUUUCAAUGAGAAGACGAAAGCAAUCAUUCUUAACACUCCUCAUAAUCCUUUGGGAAAAGUUUUUAAACUUGACGAACUUGAAAUGAUUGCUGAUCUUUGUAAGAAGUGGAAUGUUCUUGUGAUCAGCGAUGAAGUAUACGAACAUAUGGUGUUUGAACCAGCUAAACAUAUUCGCAUCAAUACUCUUCCUGGAAUGUGGGAACGAACAAUUACGAUUGGAUCAGCUGGAAAAACUUUCAGUGUCACUGGAUGGAAGCUUGGAUGGAGUUAUGGACCAGCAAAUCUUUUACGAAACUUACAACUGGUUCAUCAGAAUGCAGUUUACACAUGUGCAACGCCACUACAAGAAGCUACAGCGAUGGCAUUUGAAUUUGAAUUGACAAGAUUAAAUUCAAGUGAAUCAUUCUUUAAAUCUUUAGCAGUUGAACUGACAGAUAAACGAGACUAUAUGGCGAAGUUUCUAACUGAAACUGGUUUUCAAGUAACACUGCCUGAAGCUGGUUACUUCAUGAUUGCUGAUUGGUCUCACAAUGCAGAUAAAGUUGAUUUAAGCUCUGAGAGCGAUGAAUUUAAAGAUUAUCGUUUUACAAAGUGGAUGACUAAAAAUAUUUCGUUACAAGGAAUUCCGCCUUCAGCUUUUUAUACGAAACCCAACAAACAUCUCGGGGAAAAUUACAUUCGCUUUUGCUACAUCAAAAAUGAUGAAACACUUCAUGAUGCAGCAAAAAUCCUCAAAGAUUGGUACAGCAAAUAAAUCAGAAGUAUUCUGAAGACAUAUUCGAUUUUAUUCAGCAUUUAAUAAAUAUUAUGAUGAAGAUUUAGCCAUGAAGAUAUUUUUCGGUGACAGCUUUUUAUUUUGGUAUAUAGAGAAUCAAUAAAACAAGAUGCUUAUUUAUGAAUUUUCACUAAAGAAGCACUAAUUCCAAUAUUUAUUUCUGUCCAUAAUUCAGUGCUCACAGAGAAAGGAAAAAAAUAUUACAUAACAUGGUUCAUCCAGAAAUAGUCUUACGAAUGUUAGCUGUUUACUUAUAGCUUUAUUAAUUUACAUCUCGAAAACUGAUUUCAAAGCGAGUUCGGGUUGAUCAUAUCCCAACUCUUCUGGUGUUUCCAUCCCCAAUUCGUUGAGUGUUGGACGAAUUUCCUGGAGCAUAUAUGGCCAGAUUUCCUUCUUUUUGUCACCACAACUAUCACCAACACCCUCAAGCCAUCUGAUGGCAAGAGCAUAAUCAUUAAGACGACGACAAGCUUUUAAUGCAGCGAUGACAAUUUUUGGUUCAGGAAUCAAAUCCAUGCCCAAUAAAUCAUUCAUUGCUUUACGAGCCUCCCAUCCAUCAAUGUCUGCUCGAUUGAAAUAUGCCUCGUAACGAGCAUCAAACUCAGAAUCUGUUUCUGUUGAAUGUGAGGAAUUACGGAUAGCGCCGAUAGCUCCAAGACGCGAAACGCCAAAUGAUCCGCGCAUCACAUUAACCAAUUGACCUGCACAGGCUCUCAACAUGUUUUCUGCACUUAUUUGAUACCUUUUAGGACAAAUUGAGCUGAUUUCGAUGAUUUUCAAGUAAUUUUCAACUUCAAAAUGUUUCGUAAGAUCUCAAAGAAAAAAUUGAUUGAAUGCCCUCGAGAAACUACGUUAGUUGUUAUUGAAGCUGCUUUAAUGCCCC